CUUUCUCCUAGUCCUACGGUUCACUUUGCCCUAAAGCGAUACAGGCCGAACUGGGAGGGGCUGAAAGCCCGGGUGAGUCCUGGCAGUGGCCAGGCAAUCACAGGGUGCACUGAGGAUCUUCCUGACAUGAGUCUCUCAUAAGUCCCCCGACACCCAGGUGAGGCAUAUAAUCAACAUCAGCUUCCCCCUCUCACCAGCACCAGGGCCAGGCACCGUUGUGAAUUAGCAGCCAGCAUCUCAGGCCUGCAGCCUCAGUUUCUCUGGAGAAAAACCCGUGGGAGGCUGGUUCAGGGCUGUUACAGGCCUUAAACCUGAGCUGCUACCACCUACUCACCAUGUUGAAGAUGUCAUUGUUUGGAAGGGACUACAACAAUGAGUCCAAGUCCCUGGACAAUGGGUCCAAGUCGCUCUUGGAGAGUAGCAGUAGCAUCACUUCAGAGAGUGUCCAUGCUGCGGAGGAAGCCAGUGGAAUAUCGAUAGUGCAAACCUUGAUCCACUUACUGAAAUGCAACAUUGGCACAGGGCUCCUGGGGCUUCCUCUGGCCAUGAAAAAUGCCGGCUUAUUGGUCGGUCCUUUCAGCCUGCUGGCCAUCGGGAUCCUCACCGUGCACUGUAUGGUCAUCCUGCUGAACUGUGCUCAUCACUUAAGUCAAAGACUGCAAAAAACUUUUGUGAACUAUGGAGAGGCCAUGAUGUACAGCCUGGAAACCUGCCCAAAUGCCUGGCUGAGGACCCACUCAGCAUGGGGAAGGUACACUGUCAGCUUCUUAUUAAUCAUCACCCAACUGGGCUUCUGCAGUAUUUAUUUUAUAUUUAUGGCAGACAAUUUACAACAGAUGGCGGAAGAAGCCCACCUGACAUCCAACACCUGCCAACCCAGGAAAAUCCUGGUACCGACCCCCAUCCUGGACAUUCGCUUCUACAUGCUGUUACUCCUGCCCCUCCUGAUCCUGCUGGUGUUUAUCCAGAACCUCAGGGUGCUAUCCAUCUUCUCAACACUGGCCAACAUCGCCACCUUGGGGAGCAUGGCUCUGAUCUUUGAAUAUAUUGUGCAGGGGAUUCCAGAUCCCAGGAACCUACCCUUGAUGGCAAGCUGGAAGACCUUCCUGGUGUUCUUCGGUACAGCCAUCUUCACAUUUGAAGGCGUUGGUAUGGUUCUUUCUCUCAAAAACCAGAUGAAGCAUCCACAGCAGUUUUCUUUUGUUCUGUACUUGGGGAUGUCCCUUAUCAUCAUCCUCUACAUCUGCCUGGGGACUCUGGGCUACAUGAAGUUUGGGUCGAACACCCAGGCCAGCAUCACCCUCAACUUGCCCAAUUGCUGGUUGUACCAGUCGGUCAAGCUGAUGUACUCCAUCGGCAUCUUCUUCACCUAUGCCCUCCAGUUCCAUGUCCCAGCUGAGAUCAUCAUCCCUGUCGUCAUCUCCCAGGUGUCAGAGAGCUGGGCACUGUUUGCAGAACUGUCUGUCCGCACAGCCUUGGUCUGUCUGACCUGUGUUUCAGCCAUCCUCAUCCCCCGCCUGGACCUGGUCAUCUCCCUGGUGGGCUCUGUGAGCAGCAGUGCCCUGGCCCUCAUCAUCCCACCCCUCCUGGAGCUCAUCACCUUUUACCCAGAAGACAUGAGCUGUGUCACCAUUGCAAAGGACAUCAUGAUCAGCAUCCUGGGCCUUUUGGGGUGUGUAUUUGGAACAUACCAAGCCCUCUAUGAGUUGAUCCAACCCAUCAACCAUUCCAUAGCCAACUCCACAGGGGUCUAUUUUUAUGCUAGUAGUUCUCCCUUACUCCCACCCCCAAUGUGAUUUCUAUUGUGGAUAUUAUAUACAUUCAUCAAACCCCAACAUCUCUAUAUUAAUUGGCCUCUUUAUCUUUCCAAGACAACUGUAGAUGCCACAAGUCAGUACUGAUACCUCUCAGGCUGUGCCUUUUUUAGGUUUUGGAUUUCUUUGGAGGUCUUUUGCACCUUUGACCCAAAACCAAAUUCAACCAUUGACAUUAAUAGCCUUAUUUAAUGGGAGAAGGGAUCCAUUUGCUGUGAUAUCCCUGGAAACAGAAAUCAAGCAUAGAUACAACACAGGAGCAAUCAUUUUCUCUCUUCUGAAGUAAUUGCCCUUAAAGCAUCAGAUUUAGAAACGUGUAUGUUGGGGGAAGAGGGGUUUCUAUUUAGAUGUUGUUCUAAGUGGAGGAGUCACAGAACAAAAAUAGAAUUUAGUGAUUUUGUCCAGCCAUUUGCUCUGCCAUUGAUUUUCUUUGGGAUCUUGGGCAAGUUUCUCUGCUUCUCCAUCUCACUUUCCCAUACUGUGAAAUGAAAGAUUGGACUAAUUGGUUG